UAUUUGUCGAAUUUUACGUUAUCAGCGUCACUUAAUGACACGUUCGUCGAUUGGGAUCGUAAACGAGUGUAGUGAAGUUUCUCUUCAAAACGAAAAACGUUACAAAUAGAGGCGCGUCACAAGGAAAAACUCGAUCUGGCACGAGAACGAAAAGGAAGACGCGCCCGUGCGCACCAAUGGCGGCCACCGACCCUUAUUUACUGAAGUCAAAAUGGCUGCCCUUCGGUGUUUCACACGUUCGAAACUUUCAAAUAUAAUUCUUUGUUCUUGUGACGAAUAUAUUUCAUUGAAUAGAGAUAUACCGAUUAUUACGCAGAAAAGAUGGGGAAAGUAUAAAACUUCACCUCAAUAUACUGAAUCUUCCAAAUUUACGGAUUAUGAAGUAACAAAAGAUCCUCAAGAAUGGGAAUAUGUAGAACGUUUAUUUAAAUCAAAAUCUAUACCUAUACCUUCCUUAGAAAAUAAAGAAUAUCCAUCCGGAUGGAAACCACCAGUUUCUAAACCACAAGAAUAUCCUUAUUAUAUACAACGUACAAAAAACUAUAUGCAACCUGUCUAUCUUGAAAUUUUUCAUCGAGGGUUACGAAGAAUAACUACUGUUCGUAAAAUUCAUGGAAAUAUCUGGAUAUUAGAAACUGAAUUAAAGGAAUAUUUAGAAAAAAAUGUAAAAAAACCUGUUGGUGUUCGUACUAAUGAACUAUCUGGUGAAAUUCAAUUCAGAGGAGAUUAUGUAAAUCUCAUUAAAGUAUGGAUGAAUGAAAAAGGAUUUUAGAUAAUAUAAAAUCUUAUAAUGUAAUACUUUUUGUAAAUAUAAAGAGAACAUUUUAUUAUAAUUAUUUAUUAAAACUCGAAAAUAAAUAAUGAAAAUAAUUAUAUUUUUUGAUUCAGAAUAUUUGUUGUUAUAUAAAUACUCAUAUAAUGUGUGUGAAAUGUAGAAAUUUAUCAUAGUAAUUGAAAAAUCAACAACUUCAUUUUUGUAAAAAUAUGCAUUAUAUUUAAAACUAUAGUUCACACAAAUUAGUAUAUGGAAGAUGAAUUAUAGUACGUGUAGCAGCAUACUUAAGUGCUAAAUGUAUUUAUAAUUUUCUGUUUCUAUCAAAAAU